UGUCAACCUGAAAAAUAUAUACUUAUGUAAACACUGAAUUUUCAAUUUAUUUGGUUAAUUUUUAAUUUUUAAAAAGUCUCAAUAAAUCAAUAUGGAUUUAAAAAAUAAAACAAUUGUAACAAAAAGGAAAAUAAUAGACAAUCCAUUUGCAUUUCCAUCAGAUAGACUUUUUAUUGCCUAUUAUAAAUGGCUUCAGGCACGAAAAAAAUUAAACACAAAAACUGAAAUAAAAAAACAUUCAAAAUGUUCAAGAAAAUCUUUGAUUGAUAAUAAUAUUUUUGAUAAAUUUACUGGACCAACUGCAAUAACUGAUAUUGAUCCUGAUUAUUAUACUGAUUUAAAUGGUCGUGCAAUUAUUGAAAAAUUUUCAUCUAAAAAAUAUAUUGAUCAAACAAGAAAAGUUUUACGUGGUAAAAUAAUUGCUGGAUAUUAUCGUGAUGAAUGUAUCAAAAUUGAUCAAGAAUUUGCUAAUGAACAUCAAGAAAUUAUUAACAUUGAGAAAAAUCGAAACAAGUAUGCCAAGGCUUUUGAUAAAUAUCUAUCAAAUGAUUACGAAGAAAGUAUGAAAAUUUUAAACGAAGCACAAACUGAGGCUAAAAACACAAAUGACACAAUAACAAAACGUGAUGAAUUAUCAAAAUUAUUUGGUAAAACACGUCUUGAAGUUUAUCAAACAGAAGAAAUGUGGUGUAUUAUAAAAGCAUGUCAUGAUUUUAUGAUUAAAGUAUCACCAAAAGACGAGAGAAAAACAAUAACGAAUAUAUCAAAAAAUAAUUCAAAAAGUCUUCAAAAUAUUCAAAUUGAACAAGCAUCACUAGAUAAACUCAUAGAGACAUUUGAAAGAGAUAUUAAAAUUAUGGUACCAUGUGAAAUUAAAUUAAAAAAUUCAAGAGAAUUAAGUAAAAUUUUUAGUGAUAUAGAAUUAAGAAAUUUAGAUGCAUUAAUACAUCUUGAAUCAUUGGCUGGUCCAAAAGAUGAUUUAUCAUCAAAAAUGAUACAAGCAGAAGAAUUAGUUGGUAAAGAAAUAAUAAAUAUUGAAGAAAAUCUUCAAGAAUUAAAAAAUCAAAUUAUUAUGAGUGAAGAACGAGCAAAUAAUCUUGAAAAAUAUGCUGAUUAUUUAUUGCAUGAUGUAUUUAAAAAAUUAGUUUGUUCAGAAACAGUUCUUCAUUUGCAUGUAUUUAUUGAGGAUGCUUAUGAAACUUGUAUUGGUCCAAAUGAUGCAAGUCUUGAUGGUUAUACAAUGAUGAAAACAAUUGAAAAAACAUAUGAAAAACUUAACAUGACACUGGAUAAUUUACCACAAGAUAUUGUUAGAGUUUGUGAACAACAAGGUUUUGCUCAAGAGAUGAGAGCAAUUGCUGAAGCUGAAGAUGCUGCUAGAAAAUUUGAAUUGAUGCAUCGUUUACUAGCAGCACUUGAAAGAAUAAUGUCACCAACAAAUCUAGAUAAAAAUAUUAAACAAAAUUAUAAAUUUAUAAUUAAAAAAAAAGAUAAAAAAAAACAAAAUUUAUUGGAUAAUAAAAAUAAAAAAAAUCAAGCACUUGCUUAUUUUACAGAACAAUGUUAUUAUGAUGAUUUUGAAAUGACAAUUGAUCAUUCAAUUAACAAUGAAAAAAUUGAAAUUAAUAAUCAUGAUAAUUAUCCAAAAAUUUCUGAUGAUAAUUAGUGUGAUUGUCGCAAUGAUAUAACGUGAUUUAUAUACACCCUUUUUUUUUUAAUUUUAUUUAUUUCUUUUAAACAUGAAGAGAAAAAAUGAGUCAUCUAGAAUAUUUUUUUUUUUAUUCAUUUUUAAAACACGAUCAAUAUUAAACACUGUGUAAAUUUUUAAUAUAUUUUUUUCAUUUAAAAAAAAAAGGAUGUAAAUGAAUUGAAAAAAAAAAAAAAUUUAAUUAAAAAAUUCAACGAAA